AAACUGUUCUCUUUCUGCUGCUCCUGAUGGAGCCUGAACCACGGACUAAUGAACUACCUAAUGUCUCUUCAUUCUCCUGACAGAGCUGAAUACAGUGGGCCCCCUUUUUCUUUGACGAGCUUGCAAUUGGGCUGACUAGCGUACAUGCCACCUGUGAGCUGUUAGAGCUGCCUCACUUGUGCUCAUGGGAGUGCAGCUCCAAGGAUUGUGCAGCAUUUGUGUUGGACAAGACCCAGUGAGACAGAAAUGCUGAGCUUCCCCGGGGGUGCAGAUCGGAGUAAUCAGUGUUAUCUGAGCUGUUUCAGUGAAUGAAUCCAAGCAACUCUCUCGCUUUCUGAAAUGAACAGUGGACCCUGCAAGAGCGUUUUAAGUCUGCUUUAGUGUAUGAAGCUGCGUUUUGAAACACCAUGUCAAAUGAAGCCAGUUCGGAGCAGAAGCUUUCGACAACAACAGUCAGUUCAGUUGCUGUUCAGGCUGGGGAAGCCAGCAUUGUGAUAGCUGUGCUUAAGUGUGGAAAAUGGGUGAAGCUUCAGCUGGCUGAAUCAACACCAAAUUUAUUAGAAAUUGGCAGCAAUCAAGAUGAGACUAAAAAAUUACUGCAAGAUCAUGAAUUCCUCCUAGCUAAACUUAAGGCUUUGGAAGAUCAGGUAUGGGACCUGUUGCAUGAAGCAGACAAGGCUGCAGAGGAGAACAAAGAAAAGAGUCAAGUUUAUGAUGCCAUGGCAGAGACCCUUGGGGAUGCAUGGGAUGGCCUCAUAAUUAUGUUAGAGAAGAGACAGUCACUUCUGGAACUUACUUCAGUGUUCUUUGAAAGUGCUUUGGAGUUUGCUGUUAAAAUUGACCAAGUUGAAGAUUUUCUGAAAAAUGCCCAAGAGUUUGACAAUAUUGACUCUUUGAGAGAACUCCUUCUGCAACAAGAACAUCAUACAAAAGAGCUUUUGGAAAAGUCACUUGCACUUUUAAACAAAAGCCAAGAGCUAACUGAGUUCAUAGAAGAUUUCAAAUGUGAGGGGCCAAAUGCAAAUCCGGAACUGAUUCAGGGAGCCCACAGCAGCUGCUUGAAAAUUGACAAUCUCCUUGAAAUGCUACAGGACAGGAGACGACAACUGGACAGAUUUCUUAAACAUCAGCGCCAAGGACUGGAGCAAGUUCUGCAAAUUUGUUUGUGGCACCAACAAGAGAACCAGGUAACCUCUUGGUACAAGAAAAACAUCAGGGAUUAUUUUCACAAGCAGAACUUAGGCUCAUCUCUAUUGGAAAACGAAGAGUUACUUCAAGAGCUUGAAGAAAUGGAAGUCAAAGUGAAAGAAUGGAUUUUGACUGUGGAACAACUGGAAGCUGAGGCACUUAAGAUCUUGCUCUCAGAGGACUAUACAGAAAAAGAACAUCUAAAGAUUUCAAAUCAGAAAAUCUGUCUGUUGCAACAAGAAGUGUGUUUCCAUAUGGAAGAAAGGAAAGCCCUGCUACAAGAGGCCAAUGACUUCUUUCAUACUGCUGCCAAGGUACUUGAUGGUAUUGAAGGUAUUGAGAAUUACCUUAAAAUAUUUAAUUCUGAAAGCUUGCAUUUACCUAGCUUGACAAUGAAGUUUGAAGAAUUACAGGAAGCAAUUAAAGUUUGCACAGUGACUACCUUGCAAAAGGGACAAACUCUAGUUAAAAAAGCAGAUUCUCACAGUUCCUGGGUGACGGGAAUUCAGAAAAUGAUGGAAUAUGUUCAAAGAAAAGUAGAUCAAUUCAUCAGACAGCAUCCAGAUUAUAAAGAACUUACUUUGAAGAAACAGCAAUGGACUGCCACACUUGAAGAUCAUCUAAAUAAGGUAUCGCAGUGGAUUAAAAAAGUCACGCAGGUGCUUGCAGUUGGUGUGGACAUCGGCUCAUAUUUGUCUGAGUCAGAAAGAGUUCUGAAUGAACACCUUGAAUUGGCUAAACAAACACAGGACACUUCAGAUGAACUGGAAGCAGCUGAGAGAAUCAUCAAAGAUAUGGAAGAGUUUGAACCUGAGCAAGUGGCAACUUUUUCUGGCAGAACUGACUUCCUGAAUGAAGAACUGAAAAAGAUUGAAAAAAAUAUUAGUUCAAAACUAGAAAUUCUAGAAACUUAUGUGGCCUUUUUAAAGUCAGCUGUGGAGGUGAAUGAUGACAUUAAAAAUCUGAAGGAAUUCUAUCAGUCAGAACCACUACAAACAAACAGGGAGGCUGAAAAUAAAAUUGCAAUGCAGUCAGCCAAUACACAAUGGCAAAAGGCUAUAAAGAAGAUAUUUUUCACUGAAAAUCUGGGUUGCAAUUUUCUUAAUUUAGUAAAUAUGGUAAAUGAGAGCUUAGUAUUAAAAGCAGAAAAAUCUGUACGAGUAACAGAAGAUAUCAUUGCUAAUCUGAGUAAAGAAAAGAAAGAGCUGACCAGUCUUUGGGCAAUCUGGAAUUUUAAAAUUACUCAAGUAAAACCAGUCAAGCAACAGUGCCAGAUCUUUAAAGAACAACUGAAAAAUACUACUCAUGGAUUAGAGAUUCUUCAAGAUGCACUCCAGCUUGUGGCAACAAUUGACCUUGGAAGUGACCCUUUUAUUGUUUUGGAACUACAAAAAAAGCUUAACCAAAUGAAACCACAGUAUCAACAACUGGAUGCUGAGCUUGAGUACCUUACAAAGUUAUUAGAAUUGCCAAGUCAGAAAGGAUUUCCUGUGAAAGAGAAUUCUGAGACAAUAAGUGAGCUUACUCAUUUCCAUCAAAUGGUAAAGGACACAAUGACAGCAUAUGAUGAGAUUUUCAACAAGACAGUCAAAUUCCAUCACACUAAAAAAGAACUGGAACGUCUGUUGAAAUCAGGAGAACUGGAUAUUCCUAAAGUAUGUGAGAACCCUGAAAAUAUACACCAUGCUAAAGCGUACCUUGUGAAUGCUCAGGAGAAACAUGCACAUAUCAGACAGCUAUAUAAACUGCUUAUUACCCAGGGAGUGGAUAUCUUGUCUGCAGUGCAGCAACAUAAUUGCUUGAAUGUUUCUGUAAAGUAUCUGAAACAAGAAGUUUCUAGAUUAGAGUGUGAAAGCAUUAACUGGAGUUCCAAAGCUGAUAAGCAUGAGGAAGAACUGUCACAGCAUUUCCAGCACUGCACUACUCAAGAGGAGAUAAAUGAGCUCAGAGAAUCAUUUAAGGAUCUCAAAAAGAAAUUCAACAAUUUGAAAUUUAACUAUAUGAAGAAAACUGAAAAAGCUCGAAAUUUGAAAGUACUUAAAAUACAGAUUCAGCAUGUUGAUACAUAUGCAGAGAAAAUACAGAUUCUUAACAAGAAGAUGGAUAAUUUAGAGAAGAAAGUAAUUUGCUGGGUAGCAAAUGAACCUAAUGCUAAAGCUAGAGUCCUCUUGGAGUCAAUCAGUGACUUACAAAAACAGCUGAAUGACUUUAGCAGAGUUGUGGAGGAUUACAAGCAAAAUCUGGACCUUGUGGAGCAUCUGCAACAGAUGAUGGAAGAGUGUCAGUUUUGGUUCGAAGAUGUGAGUGCAACAGUAAUUAGAGUUGGCAAUUAUUCUGCAGAAUGCGAAACAAGAGAAGCGAUAGAAACUCUCUACAAGCAAUUCAAUACGUUUAUUGAGCCUGCAAUGCCUCAACAAGAAGAAAAAAUGCAGCAGAUUACAGACCUUGCUAAACAGUUAUAUGGUAUUGAAGAAGGAACAAAGUAUGUUGAAAAAGCCAUGUUAAAGUACAAAGAAAUCAUUAAUUCUGUUGAUGAGUUGUGUAGAACUCUGAGGGAACUUAAGGAGAUUAAGAAAGAUGAGUUUUCUGAAGAAUUGGUUACUGUUCAAAAAGAAGAAAGAAAGGGUCAAGAAGCAUGUGAAGCUGUUAUUAAAGACAAAGCAGAGGAACAAAAGCAGCAGAUGGCAUCAGGUAAAUUGCUUACCAAUUCAGAAAGCAUUACUGAGGAGGGAAACGAUGCUGCAUCUCCUACCAACACUAAACAGGGGAGGAAUAAAUUGGCUGAUAUUCCAGUUAUCUGUCCAGCUGGUGAGGAUCUUGUUUCUCAGGAUACAGAGCUGUCAUCUUCAGCCAAAGAGGAUAGUUUACAGACUGAAUUCCUGGCAGAAGAAAUACCCUCCGGAGAUGAAUAUGAGUGUAUAUCACCUGAUGAUAUAUCUUUGCCACCGCUUUCUGAGACACCAGAAUCCAACUUCUUACAUUCUGAAACAGAGCUAGAAGAGCAAUGCUGUUGUAGUUCUCCUAGUCUGCAUGUCAGUUCCUAUAGCUUGCAAAUGCAGAAAACCACUAGUAUUAAAAAAGUGAUGGAAGAAUCUGAUCUCUUAACAAAUUCUGCUUAUGCUGAUGCUACAAAUAAUAUAACGGAAAGCUCAUCAGAUCAUUCUGAGUUUUGUGUAUCUUCAACAGAUUCUGGUCCAAAAGUCAGAGCAGUAUCGCCUUUGACUUGUAGCUUGCAAGGAAUAUCUGAGGCUAGCACUGCUUCCUGCACUAUAAAUGCCAAACCCGUAUAUAGCAUGAUAAGUGAAGUGUGCAAAACACAUUUGCAACACCUUGAACUUCACAAAAGCAUGGCAGAAACACAAGAACAAUUGCAUGACUUGAAUAACUGUACUAAAGCCCAGGACAGGCUGCAUGCUUUGCCUGAUGCAUUCUCAGGUUUUGUGUUUCAAUCAGACACUACCAGAAGCGAUCAGAGGCAGAUGGUCACCAGAGAAGAGAUUAAAAGUUCAUCAGAAAAGAACAGCAUGAUCAGCCUAACUGGACAGGCGCCUAACUUCUCCCAGCUUCUGUCUAACAAAACCGUCAUGGAAGGUUCUCCAGUAACUUUGGAAGUAGAAGUAACGGGAUUCCCAGAGCCUACACUGACAUGGUACAAGAAGGGCCAGAAACUGACUGCAGAUGAGCACUUAAAGCUUUUACAAAAGGAGACAAAGCAUACUUUGUUCAUUCAGAAGGUGUGUGAUAAAGAUGCUGGCCUCUAUGUUGUUCGGGCUAAAAACGUGAACGGCACUGUCUCAUCAAGUGCCAUUCUCCACGUGAAAGAAGCAGCCUGAGGGCCCAGAUGUGAGUCAGUAGGCAAAGGGAGGAUGAGGCAUCCCCCUUGGUUGGCUUUGGAUCAGAUGUGUCUGGAGCUGCAAUGGAGAAGGUGGCUUCAUCUCAAAUGACCGGUAAGGUAUGCCUAUUUCUGGACCUCUCUCUGGAGACUUUCCUAGGGUAAGCUGGUAAUUUGUGUGUGUGUAUAUCUUUUGUGGCGCGGAGGAGCUCUGCUCAGACUUCCUUUAAUGAGGCUAUGCUAUGUUACUCAAGGACAGUGGAGCUCUGGGUUAGGGAUAGUUCAGAUCAAUUGGGUCAUGAGACCCAGUUGUUAUUUCUUAAUAAGAUUCCAUCUAAUUGUGUUAGCAGCUUGACUGAGAAAAAAAUCGCUAAAUAACGAAGUGCAGUGUCUUAAUCUAGAGCUAUGUUGGGUGAAUCCAAAGUCUGCCAGUAGCAUGGUGCGAAUCUCAAUCUAGCCUAAAUCUUUAGGGGAGAUAGGAGGAAGUUGACAAACUUGCUAAUAACACAUUUCAAGGCAUCAGAGACUGGAAAUUACUAGCAGAGUUUGUUUCCCUGUUGAGUUCCAGCCUGUGCCUUGAAGAGUUGUAGUACCUUGCACGUACUUCUCCCUUUGCUCUCUAGAAACUAGUCAUUUUAGUUUUUACGUUCUGCUGAUUUUCUGAUACAAAAUCAAGGUGGGGUCUGAUCAUUAUCAUUAUCACUAUUCCACUCAGCUGUUUUUUUUCUUUUUCUUUUUUUUUUUUUUUUUUUUUUUGUAAAUGGUAAAAACUCUCCUGAGAUGCAGCCUGACUUCACAAGGUAAUACAAACCACAGAAGUAAUGGAAUCUAGCCAAAAGUAGCACAAGGAGUGGCUGAUGCCCACUUACUGUUUUUUGCUGGAAUACAAGCUAAUCACACGCUGUUUGCCAGCUGCCUGCAAAGAGGAGAAAGGCGUGUAAGCUUGAUUCUCUUGCUAGAAGUGAUGCUGCAGAUCCCAAAUUUCUGUGCUUCAGGUGCAUGCAAUGCGAUGGUGGUGGCAGUUUGCACAUGUUAACUUUCAACAGCUAAGAACUGAGUUGUUUGAGCUGCUAGGACUGGCUACUACAGAUAUUAUGUUAGCAGGAAUAUGAGAGAGUAAAACUCAUGUAUUGCUGCUCUGUAUUGUGGCCUCAGUCCUAUAGUACAUGGGAAGAAUAUAAAAGCAGCUAAGCUUGAAAGCUUAUUGCAAGUAAGAGUUCACGUAAGCAGUAGAUUUAUUACUAUAGUGGGUGAAAAUGUCUGCCUCACCAUGCUGACAGUCCCACAUUUGGCAAAAAUAGUCAUGGGCUUAAUGUAUUUGGGUUUAGAAGUGGCUGGGCACCUUGGUGAGAUAUGCUGAUUUUUUUUUCACAAUAGCAUGAAGAAAAAAUUUUUGUCCCAGACUAGUGGAGCAGUGCUGGAGUAGUUGAGAGCGGUUUCAAGCUCUGUUAUUUAUCACACAUUUCAGUAACUUUCCAUUUCUGAGAAGGCUGGUGAUUAGUUUUGUUAAAUAUCAUAGACAUAUGAUGCAAUUUAGAGUAAAGAGGAACAAGAAGACAUUCUUUAUGUGAUAGGAUGCAAAAUGGUCAUUUUUGUUGUAGCAUAUGUCUUUGUGUGUGCUUCUGUUUGUUAACAUCUGCUACUUUGGAUUCUCUGUGUCUUAGUCUGAGCUCUGAGGUCUGGCCUUCAUCAUUGUUGCAAAUAUAGAUCAAUCUUUUUCAAUAUAUACAUAUAUAUAAUCAGAUAUAGAUACAUACUUUUUCAAUAACUUUUUUUACUAGAAGAGUAGGGAAAAAAAGUGAAGAGUAUGAUGUACAACAAUGCACUGAAUUCAAAAUUUUCUCUCGAGUUUAUCACUUUAAAUUUGUGUAGAAUAUUUAAUCUUCCACUCUCACUGAAACACAAUAAUGCACUUGCCUACUACCUACACAAAUAACAUGGUUCUUUAGCUUUACCAUGGUAUUAAUAUCACUAUGUUGAUGCAUGAAAUUCUUGGAUGUUUAAUAGCCAUGUGUUUCAACAAACUUUAUAUAGGUAAAGUAUAUCUGCCUGCUGUCUUGCAAGCAAGUUAUCCUGAGUUCCAUGCAGCAAUAAAGUCUCUCCUUGUCAUGCAAUGUGGUGAACUUUAUAAUUAUGAGAAUGGAUUUUUUUCUUCAGCUGCUUUAGUUGUGCCUUUUAAAAUACAGUGUAUAAUUUUUUUUCAGUACAAGGAAUACAGCCAAACUUCAUACAAAAAUUUGGACAUACAACUCUACAAGAAGGAGAAGAUUUAAUCCUGCAUUGCACUAUACAUGGAAAGCCCAAACCACAUGUCUGCUGGAUGAAGGAUGAUCUCCAAGUGGUAUCUGGAGACAUCUGUGUAUGUUCUAACGUUCCUGAAAUAUUUCUUAGGAGAAAGAUAAUAUAUUUUGCUUUAUGCUACUAAUAA